GCCGCGUUCCAUGAGGAGGGCCCCAGGCGCAGCCCCGCGCUAGCGCAUCCGGACGCCGAGCUCCACCGCCGCGCCGCGCCCGCAGGCAGGACCGGAGACCCGGUUCGACGUCAGCGCCAUCAUGUCCUUCGGGAGAGACAUGGAGCUGGAGCACUUUGAUGAGCGUGACAAGGCGCAGAGGUACAGCAGGGGCUCGCGGGUCAACGGGCUGCCCAGCCCGACCCACAGUGCCCACUGCAGCUUCUACCGGACCCGCACGCUGCAGACCCUCAGCUCUGAGAAGAAGGCCAAGAAAGUCCGCUUCUACCGCAACGGAGACCGGUACUUCAAAGGGAUUGUGUAUGCCAUCUCCCCAGACCGGUUCCGAUCGUUUGAGGCCCUGCUGGCAGAUUUGACCCGAACUCUGUCGGAUAACGUGAAUUUGCCCCAGGGAGUGAGAACGAUCUACACUAUUGACGGCCUCAAGAAGAUCUCCAGCCUGGACCAGCUGGUGGAAGGAGAGAGCUAUGUGUGUGGCUCAAUCGAGCCGUUCAAGAAACUGGAGUACACCAAGAACGUGAACCCCAACUGGUCAGUAAACGUGAAGACCACCUCAGCUUCCCGAGCUGUGUCGUCACUGGCCACCGCCAAGGGGAGCCCUUCAGAGGUGAGGGAGAACAAGGAUUUCAUUCGGCCCAAGCUGGUCACCAUCAUCAGAAGUGGGGUGAAGCCGCGGAAAGCUGUCCGGAUUCUGCUGAACAAGAAGACGGCUCAUUCCUUUGAGCAGGUCCUCACUGAUAUCACUGAUGCCAUCAAGCUGGACUCGGGAGUGGUGAAGCGCCUGUACACUCUGGACGGGAAGCAGGUGAUGUGCCUUCAAGACUUCUUUGGUGACGAUGACAUUUUUAUUGCAUGUGGACCGGAGAAGUUCCGUUACCAGGAUGAUUUCUUGCUAGAUGAAAGUGAAUGUCGAGUGGUGAAAUCCACUUCUUACACCAAAAUCGCUCCAUCUUCGCGCAGGAGCACCACCAAGAGCCCAGGACCUUCCAGGCGCAGCAAAUCCCCAGCGUCCACCAGCUCAGUUAAUGGAACCCCUGGUAGUCAGCUUUCUACUCCGCGCUCCGGAAAGUCUCCAAGCCCAUCACCCACCAGCCCCGGAAGCCUCCGGAAGCAGAGGAGCUCUCAGCAUGGCGGCUCCUCUACCUCACUUGCGUCCACCAAAGUCUGUAGCUCAAUGGACGAGAACGACGGGCCCGGAGAAGAAGUGCUGGAGGAAGGCUUCCAGAUUCCCGCCUCAAUAACGGAGCGAUACAAAGUCGGAAGGACCAUAGGAGACGGGAAUUUUGCCGUUGUCAAGGAGUGCGUGGAAAGGUCGACGGCUAGGGAAUAUGCCCUGAAAAUUAUCAAGAAAAGCAAAUGUCGAGGCAAAGAGCACAUGAUACAGAAUGAGGUAUCCAUUUUAAGAAGAGUGAAGCACCCCAAUAUUGUUCUUCUGAUUGAGGAGAUGGACGUGCCGACUGAACUGUACCUCGUCAUGGAAUUAGUGAAGGGAGGAGACCUUUUCGAUGCCAUCACUUCCACCAACAAAUACACCGAGCGAGACGCUAGUGGGAUGCUGUACAACCUGGCCAGUGCCAUCAAAUACCUGCACAGCCUCAACAUCGUCCACCGAGACAUAAAGCCGGAGAACCUGCUGGUGUAUGAACACCAAGACGGCAGCAAGUCCCUCAAGCUGGGUGACUUCGGACUGGCCACCAUUGUGGACGGGCCCCUGUACACGGUCUGUGGCACCCCGACAUACGUGGCUCCAGAAAUCAUUGCUGAAACCGGAUAUGGUCUCAAGGUGGAUAUCUGGGCAGCCGGCGUCAUCACAUACAUCCUGCUGUGUGGCUUCCCCCCAUUCCGCGGAAGCGGCGAUGACCAGGAGGUGCUUUUUGACCAGAUUUUGAUGGGACAAAUGGACUUCCCGUCUCCGUACUGGGACAAUGUCUCCGACUCUGCCAAGGAGCUCAUCACCAUGAUGCUGCUGGUGGAUGUCGGUCAGCGGUUCUCAGCCGUGCAGGUUCUGGAGCAUCCCUGGGUCAAUGAUGAUGGCCUCCCAGAAAAUGAACACCAGCUGUCAGUAGCCGGGAAGAUAAAGAAGCAUUUCAACACAGGCCCCAAGCCAAACAGCACAGCAGCCGGCGUGUCUGUCAUAGCACUGGACCACGGGUUUACCAUCAAGAGAUCAGGGUCUUUGGACUACUACCAGCAACCAGGAAUGUAUUGGAUAAGACCACCGCUCUUGAUAAGGAGAGGCAGGUUUUCCGACGAAGACGCCACCAGGAUGUGAGGUACAAGGCCCAGCCGGCUCCCCCGGAACUCAACUCAGAAUCGGAAGACUACUCCCCAAGCUCCUCCGAGACGGUCCGCUCUCCCAACUCACCCUUUUAACGAGACCCCCGGACUGGAAGCCCUAGCUUAACCCUUUGAGACUCGUGAGGUUUUCCAAAUUGAUGUCCAGCGGUUCCAUCUGAUUGAUCUAGCGCUGGUGCUGGGGCGGCCACAUGGGAAGUGUGUUCUGGUCUCUUGGUGGUGGUCAGCCUUCACUGAGUGAGACAACACGGGGUUUUUGUGAGAAUGGCGACUUGCUGCUGCUAGGGUGCUCAAAGGGUUAAGAGCAAUGCACCAUUUUUUUUUUUUUUUUAAUAAGUUAGAAGCAGUGAAUGUUUUUAUCUGUCAAGCUAGGAUCUGCAGUAUGUAAAAUAGCACACGAUAACCCUCUGAGUGCAUAGAAUUCUACUGAGAACACCUCUUAGGGAACUCUCCAGGCUUUGGACGUCUGCUUACACGGUUCAUGAUCUCGCUGCAGAUUCAGGGCUGUUGAUUCGAGGCUGAGAUGUCCGGCAAGAGGCCAUCUGAAUGACAUCUUGCUUAUCCCUUUACGUCAGUGUACAAAAAUGGCAGACCUAGAACUUAGGCAUGAGCACCCCUCUUUCUUCACAGGAGCCCUGGCGGCACGGUGGAUAAGCACUCACCUGCUAAUCAAAAGGUUGGUGGUUCAAACCCUUCAGCCACUCCUCUGGAGAUAGACAUGGCGGUCUGCUUCUGUAAAGACUACAGCCUUGGAAACCCUAUGGGACAGUUCCACUUUGUCCUAUAGGGUCGCUAUGAGUUGGAGUCGAGCCGACAGCAGUGGGUUUUUUGGUAUAAAUGACUGGAAGGAGCCCUAGUGGCUCUGUGGUUAAGCACUUGGCUGUUAAGGCAAAGGUUGAUGGUUUGAACCCACUAGUGGCUCCAAAAGAGAGAGACCUGGUGACCUGCUCCUGUAGAUUACAGCAUCUGAAACCCUGUGGGGCAGUUCUACUCUGUCAUGUGGGGUCUCUGUGAUUUGGAAUCAACUUGAAGGCAACAGGCUUGGUUUUGUUUUUGGUUCUUCACAAUCCUACUAAGAAAUGAUUUUGGCAACAGAUGUGUAACUGUCAGGCCCGGGUCCCAGUUGGAGGGAGUUGGCUUUGUGGCAAAUAACAGCCUGACCCAGAAAAUAGGUGGUGACCCCCAAAAACUUGUCUCCAUGUGAAGAUGUGCUGAUGACGCCCCAGAAAUGCUGCUUCUACAUCUGCUGCUUGUGCCGGGUGGACCCGCAGCUCACCAUCCCCCACUGGUGCUUGGUGAGGUAGGGUCUGCUGGUCCCUUAUCAACUUCUACAGGAAAACAACUCGUGGACAAGAGCAAUACAUUGCCAGGUGCUCUGUGGGGCCGGGAUUUCAAACAGAAAGUGGAAGCUGGAGCCUGUUCUUUGUCUCGCCUGGCUUCUCAUGCACUGCCGUCUUGAGUAUGAGAGCCACACAAGGUGUGAGGUCCACAUGUAGGACAGCCAGGUGCUAGCAAGGUGGCUGAGGGGAAAACAAGGUGGGAAAACUGUUCCGGAAUGUUCUGGAAUAAUCCUGAAGGGGUUUUUAAGGAAAUAAACUGCUGGGCAGACAAGUCACUGUACACCUUUAAGCUACACUGUUAGUCCUCAGCCAACGGUGGUGACUGUUGGAAGCUUGGUGGAGAAUGCCCCAACGGACAGUUCCCUCGGCCAGCCUGGUGAACUCCAGAAAUGGCUCCUUUGUCAUUUCCUACAUACAGUCUCCAGGGAGGAACAGAACGGGGAGACCUAGAAGAUACCCCUGGGCAUCAAACUUCCCUAAAAUGACCUUCUAACACCAUUUGCAGCUGUCCAGAGGAACGUGUUUAUUUAUUUAUUUUUUCCCUUUCACUCUUUUUGGGCCAAGAUCUGUCUGAAGCUGGUGUUUUCCCUCCUGUUACCAAAUCUGUCUCCCCAGAGAGUUUCUUACGGAGUGUAUCGCGUUUCAGAAUGGAGGCCUGCUGCUUCCUGUUUCUUUGGGAACUCACAUUACUGCAAAGCUCAAGAGGAGUGUAGCCCUGGUGCCUGGGAAGCAGGGGCCCUACCUAGAUGCCCUCCAGAGGUUUGCUCAGCUCUGUGGCUUAGGAGACAACCAGCGAGUGGUGUCUUACAAAAUUAGCAUCUUAGCGUGGCUGAUGUGCUUAGCUUGACUGAAUCGCUUAGCUUGGCUAAGCUGUUCUUGUUUUUUCUGUUUUGAAUUUUGCCCCCUUCAGGAGAUUUUAAACCAUACUUAAAUAGCCUAAGGAGCCCUGGUGGUACAACAGAUAAGCGCUCAGCUGCUAACCAAAAGAUUGUUGGUUUGAACCCAUCAGCGGCUCUUUGGGAGAAAGACCUGGCGAUCUGCUCCUGUAAAGAUUACAGCCUAGGAAACCCUGUGGGACGGUUCUACUCUGUCUCUUGGAAUUGCUAUGAGUCGAAAUCGAUUCGACAGCACUCCACAACAACAAAAUGACCCUGAACGGAUCAGAAAUGGCUGCUUUCUGUAGAAACUGCAAAGCGAAGCGCCGCUCUAAGACUAAGGAGACUCAGCAGGGCCUCAGCUCUGAACCUGUGGCAAUGAAGAGCCCCACGGGCAGGUGGCUUCCCCACAGCAUGCUGUCAUUUUCCUUUCUUUCUUUAAAUUACUGGUCUGCAAAUUCUGCGUUUCCCGGGGACUUUAAGUGCAUUGUCACUGCAUCUCGUACACAGAACCUACAGGGUGCAGCUCAGACCGCCCCAGUCCACCUGAGGGGAACUCUGUGUCCCUGCGUAGUUGGGGGUGGCUUUCCCUGCCCACUGCAGAAAGGCCACCCGGAAGAACACAGGGCCUGUUCGGCACAGGGUGCCAUGGCACGGCUGUAGAAUGUGAGUGAUCUGUGCCAAGUGAACAGUGGAAUGUGGCCUGUCAAGUAGAAGUAUUGAGUCAUCAGAUGGAACGCAGUUGUUUCUGCCCUGAGCUGCCGAGAUCCUGAACGGCAGAGAUGUGCUUAGAGGGUUAGCAGACAAGCUCAAGGCCUGCUGAUUCCGUGGGUGUAUCCAGACUGCUUUGCUUUCAGCCCAGUGCUGUCCUUUUUUUUUUUUCUUUCAUGACAUUCUUCAGAUAGUUCAAGUUUGAAACAAGUGGUGGCGUUCUUCAAGGGAUUUCUAUAACCAAAUCGAUCUUAUUUUUUAUUUCACUUAUCAUAGAACAAAUACGUACCAUGACGGUCUCUCUGUAAUUACCAAUUUAAUCAUGCCAGGAGUAUUUCCAUAUUUCCUUUCUUCCAAGUAUUUAAUAUAGCUCUUACGAUGGUGGCCUGGGAACGGGGACUAUCUUCCUUUCUUGUCAAGACCCAACCAUGUGGUGUUUUCAAGGGAAUUUUAAGGUUCACUUUUCAGUUGGGUAGUAGACUAGUUAAAGAAAACUCUUUCAUUACUUGCAUUGUGUAAACCAUCUCCGUAGAUGGGAACUGUUCACAUGAAUGAACACAUUUUUUCUCGACAUUGUAGCAGAAAUCAUUUUAUUCUUCAUGAUCAAUGGAUAUGUGACUUGCUCCAGACUGUUAGAAGGAAAUGUUAAGAUUUCAGUCAUUGGAAAUGUUUUCACAGUAGCCCUCAUCUAAUUUACACGUGGUGCAUAUUAAAAUAAGCAGAGAAAAAAAUGCAAAUAAACUGCUGAAAGUC